AUGACGCAACCAGCACCCAUUACCCUUGAACGGCCUCGUCGGGCCCCUCGGAUGGCUAUGAAUGACAAACUCGACUCGAUCUGCGCUCUUAUCGAGGAACUGAACUUAACACCUAAGGAGUUCAUGGCGGCUUUCCUGGAGCAACACCAUGAUAAUGUGUCGUUCCGACGUCGCUACUGGGGUAUCAAAACAGGGUGGGACUCCACCGAGAAGUUGAUUUUAUCAAUUAAGAAACUUGCUUGCACCAACAUCAAUGGGCGUGGGCUUUGGGAUCGGUUUAUCUUGAGCGAGGCUAUUGAAAUCGCAAUGAAGGAAAAACCUCAAAGUGGGGUAGCGCCAGAGGGGGCCUAUCAUAAUUCCAGGACGGUGUCGGAGUCUUUUUUUUCGAUGGAAGAAUUGGCCCUUCGCAAUGAGGCUCUCGUUGAACAAAUGCCAUUCCUAUACAAUCUGAUCGGCUCAUGCAUCAAAGGGGAUCCGACUCCGCCGGGAGGGGGGGGCAAGGCAGGAUCCUUGGAGGAGCCCUCGGAUGAAGAUUCGGAUGAAGACAACGAAUAUGACUCAGCCGAUGAGUUAGAUGACUUGGAUGGGUUGCUCCUGAGGAAGAGUCGGGACCCUGUAAGCAAGAGGGCCAAGCAAGUCAAGACUGUGGCUCGGACAAUCUGUGUGAUGGUAGCAUUUGGCCGCAACCAACAACACAAUGGGUUUCAAUUAAGUAACGCCGUGAUUUUCUUGGCCGCAGGCGUCACCGAAAGGGUCAGCGGGUACCUCAACUACAUUGGGAUCAGUUCUUCCCGACGGACAGCGCAUGCGGCCCUCCAGACGCUUGGCAAGGAGGCCGAAGAGAAUCUCAUAUCUAGGUACUCGUUAGACCAAUCAUGUUCAAUUGCUCCGUUGCUUUGUUACGAUAACCUCGAAUUCCAGGAGAAGGUCCACAUGAACUCGAUUGGUCACACCAGCCAGAUGUUCCAUGGUACCUGGGGUUACAUCCAUCAAAUCCCACCUAGCCUUUGGCCCAAACUGAACCCAGACAAGCUGACAAAGGAAGCUAUGAACCGUGCCCUGCACUUGGGGUCCAAAAUCACAAUCAGGCCGGAGAUGUUUACACCGACAAUCACCAGCACCAAUCACUGGGAGAAGACACAAAAGUCGCAGAUAACCCGCGUGAUCCUGGAGUAUCUAGCCAAGCCCAAGGACAGCCGGGUGCCCCUUUCGAAAUCACCACCAGCCGUACAUCCAAUUACUCCAGAGGACCAAAAGAUCUCAAUGCUCCGACUGAUGAUCGCCUCGGAUAACUCCGCGCAAGGCGUGGGGGAUGUAUUCACUGGCAUUAUCCAGCAGAGCGGGUUGACCGCUGAGGAUUUCCAUUCCCGCCUGCAGAUCAUCGAAGGCGACCUCGGGUCUUGCAAUAUCUUCGACAGCCUCCGGAGGCAGCGUUGUCCAGCAACCGGCAAUCAUAACAGCCUCGAUAAUGUCCUUCCCAUACCCGGCGCGGCACACACUUUGUGGAACAUAGCCCAGGCGGUUUUCCUUGCGCAUUGGGGAAAUGAGAAGCUCGCCCGCGACACCGGUGCCUGGCGGGUCCUUCAUGCACUUGGGGUCCCGGUGGCCAAACCGGUCACCAAGAAGGAUUUUAAUCUCAUGCUGUGUCACAUUGAGAAGAUCCACGAGGCCAGCUUGUUGUACUGUGUAUUGCUUGUGUCAAACCGAACUCAUCUGCCCCUGACGGAGCCGCUGCAUUUUUCUUCUGAGACUAUUGCGCAUUGGGUUGAUCUCACCUGGGAUCGAUUCUGCUUGCGCGAGGCAUUCCAGUCCGAGCUGGCGAAAACGGCAACCUCACACAUGAACUUCCUCCUGAGGCUGCGCGAUUUCGGGACGAUCAUCGAGGCUCACAGGGCCAUGAAAGAUGGGGAUUAUGGACGACUAAUGUACAUGUGGGAGAGAUGGGCUGUCAUGACCCAAGGGCUUGGGAAGAUGCCCCAUUAUUCAAAACACCUCCCCAAACUGAUUGUGCAGCUCAAGUACAUCCUUCCAACCUCGCUCGCGGACAUUGUUUUGAAUUCCCUCUUGAUCUCACCAUCUGGGAAGGCAGGGCAUUUUGUCGCCACUGACCAGUACCUUGAGGCAUUGGAACAAAGAUUGACCGACUCAAAGAUGUAUUCUCAAGCUCAAUUGGCAUAG